GGUUCAGUCUAGAACACCGUUUGAUUGCCAAACUGCAGCUCGGAGGUUUGAUUUGGCAUGAGACUUGACAACAUUUACAAAUUUACUGAAAGACAAUAAUAAAGGAAUAAAUAUAUAUAUAUACCUAUAUAUAUACUGCUGCCUCUGAAUUCCUGUCUGGGCGACUUUACAAUUAUGCCCGUACGUCACCAAAGAUCGGCGAUAGUUCUAGUCCCGAAAGCUUCAACUCGGCUCUUGAUUUAUCCCCUUCUCCAGUACGCAUCUCGCACAAGUGAUCUCAUGGAGCAAUUCAUUUUCCUCCCUAAUCAAUUCACAUCACUGCCGCCAUGUCGAAACUUUCUCCCUCCUUGAAAGCUCUAAUAGGUGCACCCUAUGCUCGUCCGGGAUAUGCUCCUGCACCCAGGAAUAUCCGCUCCGUUUUCCAGAAGAUUGAAGAGGAGGCUUCCGCGCACAAUGUUGGAUUGCCGUCAUGGCUAACGAUCUCGACAGCUGCGACUAUGACCAUGAAUUCCCCCGAUUCAAUGCUAGAGCUCUUUCGGCUUGCGACGAAGGAUAAGGAUCACGCGCAUGCAGUGAAAACCGUGGAGCAGAUGAGGGAAGUAGGUUUGAAAUGUAUAGGUUUCAAUGGGAUUCCUAGAACAAUCAAUGUUCUAGGUCAGUUCCGCGCAAAUCUACCAGAUGAAAUCAUGAAUUCGUUGAACAAAACACCGUCUCGUGAAUUGACAACUACAAAUGUUGACGAUGCCAAAGCCCGCGGCCGAGGGCUAUGGGAUUCCAUCUAUCGUCCCUUUGAAACAAAACUACUCAAUAAACUUGCGGAAUCCCAUCCAGAUCUGCCAGUUUUCAUCCUGAAUUCCUAUUCCAGUCUCUUUACCGAUCCUUCUGUGUCUUCACGACCAGUAAAGAUUGGGAGAGUUCUCACAAGUCUGAUUGGGAUAACAUGCUUAAGAGCACAAACCGGAGUGGGCCCCCAGGUCACCAGUCACGUAUUUGGUUUGCGAAAGGCGUUUGAGGACGGUACGUAUAAAGCUGCAGGCGAAGAGCCUGUAGAGGGAGGGGAAUGGUUGGCAGGCGAGGAAGGAAAUGCUUGGAUUCUCAAUACAGUAGAUAAGAUCGUGGAAGCCAUUGGUGGAGAGAGUGGAGGAACUACAUUUGCCCCCGGCAUUAAGGCAAAAUUGUAAAUGUGCUAGUGCAUUAUUGUAUAUGAUAUGAAUUAUAAAUAUGGGAGGCUUUUUGAGGCUAUAUUGAGCAAUGGUCUCGUGUCAAUCAGUGACUUUAAAAGCGUCCGCA